AGUAUAGAGGCUCCGCUGCUCCGAGCAUGACGCACACGAUCAUUAGAGAGAAGUAAGGGUUUUGGCAUGAGUAAUCGGAUAUUCCUCGACGCGGCGGCGAACGACCAGUAGCGCGUCGCUGAUUACAUCACGUGUCCCAGUCUGAAUCACGCGUGUUUCGUGUCUAGCAGCAGCAGCCGCAGCAGCCGGGGGCGCGAGAUGAUCGGCAGCGGCAGCAGCAACGCCGCCCGGGACAGCAGCUUCCUCUGUCUGUUGGCAAUCUACGCGGCGCACGUUGUCCUCUUUCACGUGCUCGACGUCGCGCCCCGACUAGCCGACCUGCAGCAGCGGCAGCUCUCGCUGACAGCCUUGCCGCAUCAGGACACGAGGAUCGGCAGCGGGCAUCAUCACAAUAGCACUGAUGGGACGACUGGCAGUAGUGCCGCCGGCCUUGACGCCGCCACCAGCGACUUGCUCACCGGACUGCUGCGCCACGAGCUUGCUUGGGACAGUUCGUCCAUGACGGAUCAUCAGCCCCGCCUGAUGACUGCUGGUAGCGCUGGUUACGCGAAAAUCGACUUGGACCUCCUAUUUUUAUUGACUUAUUGGAUUCAGCGCAUGAAACACGUUUUUGCGACGAUUGCCCCGAGUUCCUCCACCUGGGGGGUGAUUAGCGGCUGUGCCAUCUUUCUUCUGACUUACACAGAUCGAGAACAUACUCUGCAAGUUUGAUAUACGACGCCCAACAAAGCCAUUCGCUGAUCUCGGAUGCAUUUUUCGUGAUAUACUCGACGCCUAAAAUUUAAUUGUAUAAUAAUAUAGCAGUAAUAUUAUCAUUAUAAUUUUGUACCGAACAGUCAUUUAUUUUAAUUUUAACGCGACGAUGACGAUGACGAUGAGCAGUAUUUAUAUGAUAGUUACAUGUAUAUGUUGUCUGUGCAUGCAUCUCUGCAAAGUGCCGUGUAAAAGAAGAAAGUGACAUGAAAGCAACAUGGUGAUUAUGUGUAAUAUAAUGUGUAGCCUAAUGUCAAAGCUGAUCAUGAUGUGUGUACGUGUAAACCAGCACCGCUGCCCCGCCGCCCCGCCUUUAAUGCAUAAAAUAUGAAACAUAUAUUAUUGUACAAUUAUAGUUAGAAAAGACCAAAAGUUGUACAGGCAUAUUUAUAUAAGAUGAGCACGCAGGAUUUAUUGAAUGUUUUAUUUUUAUACCAAACAAUAAUCAAUAAAUUGUUGGAUUAAUUUUUUGAUAA